GGUCAUCUCUUCCCUAAUGUUAACUACAGAACUGCCAUUCGAGAUCUUGACAGUCAUUGCAAAAUCACUUCAGCAGAAUGACAAAAUUAUUUGUUCUACAGUUUGCCGGACAUGGAAGACUCCGUUUCAAGGCUCGCUCUGGGAUACGUUAACCAUCGACAGCGAAGAGAAGUUAAAUCAAAUAUGCGACCUAUCAACUACUCGGCCAACAAUAUAUCAACUAAACGGAAACAAAGUUCAAAGAUUGGUUUUCAAAGCAAAAGUCCAGACGACCGAGAUACAGUUCCACAUUUUACAGCGAUUAUUUAAACAGCUAAAAGAAAUCUCUAUUCCGCAUAAUACUAUGCGUGAGGAUAGUCUUGGAAGUAUUCCUGACUGGAAGCUCUGGGCAGCAUUGACUACAAUGCUAAUAUAUAUCAAAAGACUGAAUGACGACGAUCAGAAAGAGCAGUUGUUUAAGAUAUUAGCGUGCCUGCCUUGCUUAAAACAUCUAACAAUCCAAGACAGCAUUUAUUACACGUUACCUCCAGAGCCACGAGAUACCUGGGAAAAUUUGGAAAGGCUUCAUGAAACCUUGCCACGGCUGGAAUAUUUUCACACCGACCUAUUGUUUGGUUCCAUACCAGUAUCUGAAAUAUUAAAGAUGAAGAACAUAAAGCCAGCGAAUACCACAACCGUAGUCAAGCUUCUCAACCUCAACAUGGAUAUUGGCUGGAUUAUUUAUUUCUCUCUCAAAUAUCCAAACAUACGCACACUUAAAACCAGAAAACCAUUCAAGGACACUGUACUUCAUGAAGAACAGAUACCCGAUGCAGAAACUUCUACAAUGAUUUCAAGUCUAUCAUCAAAUUUCCCUCAUUUGAAAAGCAUGGUCGUAACCCAGAAAGUACCGAUGGGAUUAGAUUAUGAUUUCUUUUGGGAGACAUUACAGACACAGGUCAAAGAACUCCAAUAUUUGGAAUAUAGUUUAGAGAUAUCAAAAAGAGCGGGGUUGGAGACACAGAAUAGCGGGCCACACUUAAUCCACUUUUGCUCGCCAACAAUCCAAAACUUUUUUAUUCAGCUGGUCGCAUAUUAUUUCGAUUCUCCCAAGGUUUUCCUGAAAUUUGGUGCAUGUCCUCGCUUGGUAACUCUGAAAAUAGUCCAUUCAGGCAGUAAUCUUGAACUUGAUACCCUCUUGGAAAGCUGUACAUCAUUGAAGGACCUUCAAUUGUCGGGUGUAUUUAUUUCGCUAAGUCCAGAAGCGUUUAAUAGCACACGUACGCACGGAUUGAGAUCGUUAGAGCUCAAAGGAUCGAAAACAAGUCCAGUUACAUUUAACUAUCUAUCAUUAUACUGCAGGGACUUCGAUUGCAUGAUAUUGUAUCGCGCCAGAAUAUUAGGAAGAAUCUCAGAGAAUACAGGAGAGCUCUGCCUAAAUAUGCCCUUUACAGACUUUAAGAUCCUCAGACUGGUGAGCACUAUAUUUUAUGCUGUAGAAAACGAGGAAAACAUAUUUUCAGAAGAACCCAGUGGGUUCCAUUCCUUGCAAAUUUUGUCUAUCGAAGAAACAGACCAUCUACGCCGAUCUAGAAAUACGAAAACCGCAGAUACUGAAUCAUCUUCUAGUGAUGAAAGUCCAUCACUACCUAUCAAACGGACUUGGUAUCAUUACCACCGAGACGUUAAAUUCUGGACCAGUGAUGGAAAGACCCGGAAACUCGGGGGGAAGGAAAGGCAGAUAACAGAAAAGUUCUUUGAGACAUUUCUGGUUUCAAGUCAAGAUCCUUUCAACAAUGUUAAAAAGCAUAUUUUAGGAGGAUUAGGUCUUUCCAGUAGAUGGGAAGAGGAUCUCUAUCAUGGAUAUUCAUUACUGCGCUGUAGAUCGAUCAAUGAAGCAUUUAUUAAUGAUAUUAGUCAUGUUGACUAUUAAUGCUUUAUUUUUAAUUUAUCUCUAUAUCUCUAUAUGUAUUCAUUAGUCAAAGUAUAUUUAUACAUGUUAAUUAAAUAACUCUGAUAAAAUUCAA